CUCCUACAUUAUUGAUAUUUCAUGGCUGGGCAGUGUAGCAGCAGCAGCGCGUGCCUAAAGAGGACAGAGCAAGACUAAACUAAAGGGGGGAGCGAAGACUUUUAUGUCCAAACAGGAGACGUUGCGCACGAACACUGCAACGAGCACAACACGGCAUCCUUUCGUCGCUCCCCCCGCUGCUGCCAUCGUAGUAUGUCUGCACUUCGAAAGAAAUUUGGGGACGAUUACCAGGUAGUGACCACCUCAUCCAGCGGGUCUGGAUUCAACCAGCCCCCCGCGGAGAAGAAGAAGAAGAGGCAGCGCUUCGUGGACAAGAACGGCCGGUGCAACGUUCAGCAUGGGAACCUGGGGGGGGAGACCAGCAGGUACCUCUCGGACCUGUUCACAACACUGGUAGACUUGAAAUGGCGCUGGAACCUGUUCAUUUUCAUCCUCACCUACACGGUGGCGUGGCUCUUCAUGGCCUCCAUGUGGUGGUUCAUCGCCUACAUCAGGGGGGACCUCAACAAAGCCCACAACGAGACGUACACUCCGUGCGUGGCCAACGUGUACAACUUCCCCUCAGCCUUCCUGUUCUUCAUAGAGACCGAGGCCACGAUUGGCUACGGCUACAGGUACAUCACGGACAAAUGUCCCGAGGGCAUCAUCCUCUUCCUGUUCCAGUCCAUCCUCGGCUCCAUCGUGGACGCCUUCCUGAUCGGCUGCAUGUUCAUCAAGAUGUCCCAGCCCAAGAAGAGGGCCGAGACGCUGAUGUUCAGCGAGCACGCGGCCAUCUCCAUGCGCGAUGGCAAACUCACGCUCAUGUUCAGGGUGGGCAACUUGCGCAACAGCCAUAUGGUCUCUGCACAGAUCCGCUGCAAACUGCUCAAAUCUCGCCAAACGCCGGAAGGCGAGUUCCUUCCGCUGGAUCAGCUGGAGCUGGACGUGGGGUUCAGCACCGGGGCGGAUCAACUCUUUCUCGUCUCGCCGCUGACGAUCUGCCAUGUGAUCGACACCAAAAGCCCCUUCUACGACCUCUCGCAGAGGUCCAUGCAAACGGAGCAGUUUGAGAUUGUGGUGAUACUUGAAGGCAUCGUGGAGACCACAGGGAUGACCUGCCAAGCGAGGACAUCCUACACUGAAGACGAGGUUCUCUGGGGACAUCGCUUCUUCCCCGUCAUCUCCUUGGAGGAGGGCUUCUUCAAGGUGGACUACUCUCAGUUUCAUGCCACGUUCGAGGUGCCCACUCCUCCGUACAGCGUGAAGGAGCAGGAGGAAGCUCUGCUCCUCUCCUCGCCCCUCAUGGCUCCGUCUCUGUGCAACAGCGGGGAGAAGAACAGCUCUCUGAACUGCCUGGAGACCCUGGAGGACAAUGACAGCACCACCAAGCUGCCUGCCAAGCUGCAGAAGAUCACGGGGCGGGACGGCCUGCCCAAGAAGCUGCUCAGGAUGAGCUCCACCACCUCGGAGAUGACUUACAGCUUCGGAGACCUGCCCAUGAAGCUACAACGGAUCAGCUCGGUCCCUGGGGUCUCUGAGGAUAAGCAGGCCGGUAAGACCUGUAAGAUCAGCACGGAGCCCAUCAGUAAGUCAGUGGCGGACUUACCCCCAAAACUGCAGCGACUGGCUGGGGGAGGAGGGGGCAGGAUGGACGGACACUUACCUCCUAAACUUAGGAAGAUGAAUUCAGAUCGCUUUACAUAAAGCAGGAAACAUAUUUUAAACCUUGCUAUCCAGUUUUUUUCUCCUGAAACUGAAACCCUUGUACUAUUGCUAAUUUAUUAACGAACCAUAUUCUUAUAUUAAAGGAGAUGUAGAAUAUGUGCACAAAUACCUUAUAUAAAUUAGGGUGACGGACAUGAGCACACACGUACCUGGAGUGGACAUGCUCCGAUGAAAGACCUCAGAUUUAUUUAUUUAUUUAUUUUUGUUCUUUAGGGCGAUGUACAAUUAGCACAACCUGGCAUGUAAGAAACGGCGCAUGUAGAGUUGAAUCUCAGUUUCUGGCAUGACAAGUGUCUUCACGUCUUAUUUUACAAGAAGAAUUUCAUCGGUGAAGCUACGGACAGUGGAAAAGUUGCACAAAGCCAUAUGAUUUAGAAAACUUACAUCACUCAGAUCUUGAUUUGUAGUGAACAGAGGCACAUUGCGUUCGCUUUGAGUUGACCGCUUUUGUUGUUUAACGUAAAACUGUGGCGAUGUUUCGUUUGAUUGCAUGCCCCUCUUA